GAGAAAGAAACUGAAAAGAGGAUACAAGUGUCUCUAAAGCUAUUGAAGGGGGGCUUGGGUGUGUGGACUCCAACGGUUCCAAUUCAGCUACAUAACUCUAUUCAUGGCUUGCUGGAUCAUACAUUCCCACACAAAGCUAAUGUGAACAGACCACUUAGAAAAACAGUAUCUCAGUGACAUCUUAUGUAUCGGUCAUCAGAUACCCUUCUGAAAAUUUGUUAUAAUACAUGUUUAAAAAAUAAUCUAGAAAUUGAGUUGAAGCAGGAACAUGAGAACAACAGAUUUUACAUGGAAAAACCACCAGUCACAUAUGUAAGUCCUCCAUAUUCUCCAUUACAGUCAGCCAGGCCAUGUGUGAAAUAUUUUUCCACGGCUGACAAGUUUCCUCUCAACGCACAAUUUCUGUUGGACCACUAGGUGAAAUGUACACCUCAAAGGAAAUUACAGGUACCCCUGGAUGACAUACAAGAUUGUUAUACAGCCACAAACACUUUCACACACUCUACUCGGAGCAUUCGUACCAGUGAAAUGUUUAUAAGUAACAUAUAUGAUCCUAGUGCAUUGCGUUGGUAAUAAAAGCGUAAUAGUAAUUUUACAUAAACAGUUCAAAAUGACAUUGCAACAAAAUUGCUUCAGCCAUCUCAUUUUGGAUGUUGUAUUCCCUACGACUGUAUUGCACCUUGUGUAGCCUUACGUGAAAUCACUUUAAACUGUCUGCCUGUGUGCUAGCAGUGACUUCUACAAACACCGGCCUUAUGCGCAGAACGUCAGGUCCCACUAACAUCAGACCGAUAGGUUAUGGGGCACAUUAGUGGAUGUUUAUUUGACCUUCGGGGAACAUCGUGUGUUUUGAAGAAGCCAGCGUGAAUUUAAUUUGCAAUUCAUUCGCUUUGUCUGUCUAGGUGAAUUGCCGUCUCUUUGAGCCAAGGUGAUAAGCUUUGGUGAAAGGUGAUUAGAUUACGUCACAGGUUGAUAGUAAGGCAGCAUUCAUUCUGUCAAAAAAAAAAAAUUCAAUAACUAAAGAAAAACAUUUCAACCUUCAACCAAGAGAAAACGUGUAUGCAAUAAACAUUGAUUAAUACCAGAUAUUAUCACUUAAUUAAAUGAAUUCUUGAAAAAGAAAUACAGCCCCCCCUUUUAAUAUGUCCCAUCGACUCUACUAAAUAUUUAAAGAAGGUCGUGGUUAGUAAACCUGUCGGAAAACCAAAAUAUUUCCGACGCAUGGCUCGUGAAGCGCCCGCCUCGCGGGGACUUGCCCAAUAUGAGGUCUUGCUGUCACUCCGCGGACGCGCGCCCGCGCGGUCGCAGGCGGGGGGUGCGGCGUCGGUGCGGCGCUUCCUCGCGAUUGGAGAGCGCGUUUGUUGUUGCUGGUGACGCAUGAAAGCUCCGCUCUCGCCCCCUACCCUCCCCGUCGCGCGGUGCUCGAGCCUCGGUCCUCGCGCUAGUGUUUAUUCGGUUGUCAUGGCGGAGGGACGUGGCGAACUACCGCCGCCGCCGCCGCUCCAGCUGCCGUUACCCCCGGCCAGCAAGCGACCCUGCUUGCGUCCUGCUCCUCGAGGACCGGGGCCGGGGCCCGGGCCGGGAUUCCCAAACUCGCGCUUCCGUUGCCCGGAGUCCCUGCUGGACUGCGCCGCCAAGGCCGUGGCGGAGAAAUGGGCCUUCGAGAGGGUGGAGGAGCGCUUCGAACGGAUUCCCGAACCGGUCCAACGUCGCAUCGUGUACUGGUCUUUCCCGAGGAACGAGAGGGAGAUAUGCAUGUAUUCGUCGUUUCAGUGCCGCGCGGCGGGCGAGGAGGGUCCUGCCGGGGGCUCGAGCGCGCCCGGCAGCUCCGGGACUGUUCCCGGAGGGCUCUCCAACCCUACGGGGAGCGCAGGCACGGGGAGCACGGGAGACGGACUUCCUUUUCGUCGGGGAAUUCGGCUUUUGGAAACGGGCUGUGUGGAUAAUGUCUUGCAAGUCGGUUUUCAUCUCAGCGGCAUGGUGACGGAGCCGGCCACGCAGUCCGAGCCGGAGACGGGGCACCGUGUAGCCAUCAGCUUCGACCGCUGCAAGAUCACGUCCGUGACAUGCGGCUGUGGCAACCGCGACAUCUUCUACUGUGCCCAUGUGGUGGCGCUGUCGCUCUACCGCAUCCGCAAGCCCGAGCAGGUGAAGCUGAGGCUGCCCAUCUCCGAGACGCUCUUCCAGAUGAACCGUGACCAGCUACAGAAGCUCGUGCAGUACCUGAUUACGGCCCACCACACCGAGGUGCUGCCCACCGCGCAGAAGCUCGCCGAUGAGAUCCUCUCCUCCAACUCGGAGAUCAACCAAGUGCAUGGGGCCCCGGAUCCCACGGCAGGGGCCAGCAUCGACGACGACAACUGCUGGCACCUGGAUGAGGAGCAGGUCCGUGAGCAGGUCAAGCAGUUCCUGUCGCAGGGAGGUUACUACGGCUCGGGCAAGCAGCUCAACUCCAUGUUCGCCAAGGUGCGGGAGAUGCUACGCAUGCGGGACUCGAACGGGGCGCGCAUGCUCACCCUCAUCACCGAGCAGUUCAUGGCCGACCCGCGCCUGUCGCUAUGGCGACAGCAGGGCACGGGCAUGACGGACAAGUGCCGGCAGCUGUGGGACGAGCUGGGCGCCCUGUGGGUCUGCGUCGUGCUGAACCCGCACUGCAAGAGUGAGGAGAAGAACGCCUGGCUCAGGCAGCUGAAGAAGUGGGCCGACAUGGACGUCUGCCCCCUGGAGGACGGUAACUACGGCAGCGAGCUGCCCAAUAUCACCAACGCCCUGCCCCAGAGCAACCUGGCACAAGACUCGCUGGCCAGACCCAGGAGGACGGUGUUCACCCGUGCUAUGGAAGCCUGUGACCUCCACUGGCAGGACAGCCACCUGCAGAGAAUCAUCAGCAGUGACUUCUACGUGUCUCCCGCCUACCAGAGGGAGGGGGAAAGUCUACUUUUCAACCCCCAGGGCCUGCCUCUGUGGCUGGAUCACGUGCCUACUGCCUGCGCCAGGGUGGACGCCCUGCGUUCCCACGGUUACCCGAGGGAGGCCCUGCGACUGGCCGUAGCCAUAAUUAACACGCUACGGCUGCAGCAGCAGCGGCAGUUGGACAUUUACAAACACCAGAAGAAAGAUUUGCUGCAGAGGGGAAUGACUAGCACGACUAAUCUGGAGGGCUGGGUGGGCCACCCACUCGACCCUAUUGGUUGCCUUUUCGCCACUCUCACCGAGACGUGUCGAGUGGAGGAUGACAACGCCAUGGAUACCGGAGAUUCGGGCGAGCCCAAGCCCCCGGUGUACCAGCACGUACCGGUGUGGGGCUGCACAGAUGGUGGCGAGUCCUACCUGGCGCUGGCCCUGGAGGUGGCCCUCAUGGGCAUGGGCCAGCAGCGGCUGAUGCCUGAGGGCCUGUACGCCCAGGAGAAGGUGUGCCGGAACGAGGAGCAGAUUGUUGCCAAGCUGCAGGAGCUGGCCCUGGACGAGCUGCUGGUGCAGACGCUGCGCAAGCAGGCGCUGCUGCUGCUGGAAGGUGGACCCUUCAGUGGCCUCGGUGAGGUCAUCCACAGGGAGAGUGUCCCCAUGCACACGUUCGCCAAGUACCUGUUCACGGCGCUCCUCCCUCACGAUGCCGACCUCUCCUACAAGAUCGGCCUGCGCGCCAUGAGGCUGCCCGUGCUGGAGUCCACGGCCCCGUCGGGCGACGUGGGUCACCCCCACCAUGGCAUCUCCAUCGUGCCAGGCCGGUACCCGCGCUGGUUCACCCUUGGGCACCUGGAGUCCCAGCAGUGCGAGCUGGCGUCCACCAUGCUCACUGCGGCCAAGGGAGACAUGCUGCGUCUGCGCACAGUCCUGGAGGCCAUCCAGAAGAACAUCCACUCGUCCUCGCUCAUCUUCAAGCUGGCCCAAGACGCCUUCAAGAUCGCCACGCCCGCCGACAGCCCUCCGGACAUCACGCUGCUCAACGUCGCCCUGGAGCUGGGGCUUCAGGUGAUGAGGAUGACUUUGUCCACUCUAAAUUGGAGACGCAGAGAGAUGGUGCGCUGGCUGGUCACCUGCGCUACUGAAGUUGGCCUGCGCGCCCUGGUGAGCAUCCUGCAGAGCUGGUACACGCUGUUCACGCCCACGGAGGCCACGAGCAUCGUGGCGGCCACCGUCAUGUCUCACAACACCAUCCUUCGGCUGAGCCUGGACUACCCGCAGCGGGAGGAGCUGGCCAGCUGCGCGCGGACGCUGGCGCUGCAGUGCGCCAUGAAGGACCCGCAGAACUGCGCCCUGUCAGCCCUGACGCUCUGCGAGAAGGACCACAUCGCCUUCGAGACGGCCUACCAGAUCGUGAUCGACGCCGCUGCCACAGGCAUGACCUACUCGCAGCUGUUCACCAUCGCACGCUACAUGGAGCACCGCGGCUACCCACUGCGGGCCUUCAAGCUGGCCACGCUGGCCAUGGCCCACCUGAAUCUGGCCUACAACCAGGACACGCACCCGGCCAUCAACGACGUGCUUUGGGCGUGCGCGCUCAGCCACUCGCUGGGCAAGAAUGAGCUGGCCGCCAUCAUCCCCCUGGUGGUGAAGAGCGUGCACUGCGCCACCGUGCUGUCGGACAUCCUGCGCCGCUGCACCAUGACGGCGCCGGGCCUGGCUGGGAUCCCCGGGCGCCGCAACUCGGGCAAGCUGAUGAGCACGGACAAGGCGCCCCUGCGCCAGCUCCUGGACGCCACCAUCAGCGCCUACAUCAACACCACGCACUCGCGCCUCACACACAUCAGCCCGCGCCACUACGGCGAGUUCAUCGAGUUCCUGAGCAAGGCGCGCGAGACCUUCCUCCUCGCCCAGGACGGCCACAUCCAGUUCGCCCAGUUCAUAGACAACCUCAAACAGAUCUACAAGGGCAAGAAAAAGUUGAUGAUGCUAGUGCGGGAACGCUUCGGCUGAGCCGUGCCCGUUAAAGAGCGCCCUCUGUUGGUCUGCUUGGUCCUCUUCUAUUUAAGGCAUUAUUUCUUCCCAUAAUCCUGUUCUUUUUGUCCUCCUUUGUGAAUUUCUUCGUUUUGUUUGAUAUGUCCUUGUUUGUUUGUUUUUUACACCGUGAACAAUCACUGUUCACUAACUUAUUCUAACAGGUAGAACCUGUGGAGAACAAGCAUAAUAACCGUUUUAUUUAGGCUUAUGCUCGCUUUCAUUUCUUACAGACGUUGUGGGUAAAAAUGUAGAAGUGGCACAUAAAGAGAAACCAAAUGUAAGGUGGUGUACUUUGAGCCUGGGAAAGAUUUUCCAUCAUGGCGAUUGGUGGUUUUGCGGUUGUUUUUUUUGUUUGUUUGUUUGUUUUAUUUGUUUGUUUGUUUUGUGAAGGAAGUUGAACACUCAAAACAAUGGUCAUUCCUAGAACACUCACAAACAGUGUUACUGUCAUACCUCGAUCGUAUUUAAGGAACAGCUUUAAGGGUCUGGAAGAGGCCUCAGUUUGAGGGCAGGGCAGGGCAGGGAGAAAGAGCCGGAACACGGAAGACGCCCGUCGCUGCAGGCCGGCUCCACAGGAUUCCUUGGCCACACCCACCCUGGGACUCGGCUCCGCCCACGGCACGCUAAACCCCUCCCUCCCUCCCCAAUCUCUCCUGUUGUUUUGUGUCACUCCAAAAGCAGGGCGGGGUCUUCUAAGGAGAUGAAAGAGAAUCCUAGGGGCCCAAACCUGUCAAAGCUCCACCCGAGAGUGGCCGCAGAAGGGCUGUCCUUCACCGCCUGAACAAAAGGUCUCCUUUUAAAGAUAACUAAAAGAAACGUGAACCUUCUUUUAUUUUCAGGGGGAGCAGAGAUAGUCACCCUUUCAAGUUCAGCAUUAUGAUUCAUAGUUUUCUCGGGGGGGGGUUCCUAAAGAAAGAAAGAAAGAGAAAAGUGUGAAAUUUUAGUCUUAGCUGUAGUAGCAUUAUUAUCCAAGCACUUCGUUUUCUCCUGUCAAUCAUGAUGCAUCUGGAUUAGCAGUUAACCUGUUAACUGCUCAUCCUGUUCGUCAAAAAAUGUAACAAAACCCCGCCUCUAAUUUAGAAAAUGCCAGGGAAUGUUUCAAGACCACUAUUUCUUCCACAUUCCAGACCAACCACCUCCACGAGCUCACGACACUUAGAAUGCACUCCACAGCUUUGAACGGAAGGAACCCAGAACGCAAGCGUGAGGAGAAAAGACGCUCAACUCAGUUCUCAGGGAAUCACUUAAAGAAACAAAACAAACAAAAAAAAGUAGCAUAAGCAUUUAAGAUAUUGUAAAUAUGAAAGUGUCAAUUCAAAAAAUUGUAAAGUUAUAAUUAUUUAUGAUAACUGUUUUUUUUGUUUGUUUGUUUUUCUUUUUCGGAUACUUGAAUUUGUCACAGGCUGGGAAUGUGACAGCAGUUAAGAGGAAAGACUUUAAAACAUUUCUCAGGUGCUCCUGUGAACAUUUUGUCUUAUUUACUGUUUUGUUUGUAUCCUCUUUUUUGUAAUUUUUUUUUUAACAAAAACAAAGCAUGGUGUAUAAAGACUGAAAGAAGUGGAGAGGACAAACGUUUAUGAACAGACCUGAACUGACUAUGCAGAAUCACUUAACCCAGACCUUCCUCCCUAUCCGCCGGGAACGCGCCCGGAACGGACAGAUCGGACUUUUGCCUUUUGACUGACAUGCGUACAACUCGUUUCCUUUGAAGCCUUAUAAUCUCCUCUCGAAACGCAGCCGUGUGUUUCAGGAAGUUGUGUUGCCAACGUAAGUGGACUAGAGCACCAACAGAGAGAGUGUCAGAGAGAGAGAGACAAAGUGAUCCAAAAAUGACUUUCAACCGUCCGAAACCUGGGGCGAAGGUGUUUGAAGCUGCCAGCUGCGACAUCUUGUAUUCCGGCGCAGUUUCUGCCUCUGCCCAAUGCUUGGUUCACACUUUUAGGCUUGCGAUUCUCUAUUUUCGGCCUUGGGAAGGGAAUUGGAGAAAGGAUCUAUCUGUUGGGAGCUGCGGACACACCACGGCCCCAUCGACACUUGGACAGACGCGUCUUUGAUGGCUGCGUAUAGGGAGAGUCUUUGAUUUGUCGAGAAUUCCGUGUCGGUCACUGGUUUUAUUUAAACGUCCCCAAUUCUGUUCCGGAGGAUCGGCCGUAAAAUUCGCGUCAAAAACGCCGCCGUCCUUAGCAAACCCCCGACUCGAUAUCCGCCGGGACGACCCGUACGUCGCGAAGAUCGCCCGAAGAAAAUCGGAGACUUUUUUUGCAAGUUUUUUUUUCUUCCCUUCUUUGAGCAGACGUCUGCGGGACGAUCGUAGCGCCGCCUGCUGUGUAAAACGAAAAAUACCCAAGCAAGCGUUUUCGUGGUCCCGGCAGCUGGUCCAGCGGCGUCGCCGGAGGAGGAGACGCUUCCGUGGCUCCUCUCCCAAACUUCGUGUCUGUAUGUGUUGACUGUACCAGUGUUCUGACCUGUCCCUAGAGUUUAGAAGGAAAAAUUAAUAAUAAUCGCUGGUAGAGAUCGUUCACUAGUUCAUCUACUGUUUUGAGUUUUUGGGUUUUUUGUUUGUUUGUUUCGUUUAAUUUAAGGGAAAGUGUUUGUCGCCUCUCUGUGCUACUGAAUUAUGAAAAGGUAUCCAGUAUUUGUUGCCACAAAAGUAUAGUUCAACCUUUUUUUUUGUUUGUGCAACCUCUUGAGCUAAUGUCUAUAAACAAAAAUUUAUUACUAUUUAUGUAAUGCUACUACCAUUUUAUAUGAUUUGUGUUGGAUUUCAGUGCUUUUCUAUGAAUAAAGUGUGAAACACGU